AUGGAAAAUAGAAAGACACAACAGGCCACAGUAUCGGUAGAACGUGCUCGUGAGUUGCAAAAUGAUAUCCAGGAGUUAUUCGCACAGUUGCAGGAUAUGAAUUUUCAGAUUCGCAGCGACCUUAAUGAAUUCGAACAGAUAAAGGAAUCUUCGUCACUAGCAAACUCGACUACGAACAGCACAUAA